UCACUUUCCUCAUCAGAAUACUCACUCAUCUACCUUCUGCCACAAAACACCUAAAAGAAUAUCAAAAUCUCAUCAUCUUCAUUCAAACUUUUGAACAUGCUGCUGCAUGAUCCAAUUGGGAUUCCAUCUUGUUUUACAGCCAGUGCCGGUGAAGAUCAAUAUUCAGUUGUCACAAAGUCCGGCCAGACCCUUUUCAUGUCCGUUUACAAGACCCAUAUCGCCGGUAGUUGCCGCUGCAUCACCAUAACAUGGUUGAAACACCACCUGUUUCACGGGUUAUCGGUUUCGGUUGACGGAGAUGACUCACCCGAGGCUGACUCCACCUGCAAGGUGGACCUAAAACCAUGGUGCUUUUGGAGAAAACAAGGGUCCAAAAGUUUUAGCAUCAAUGGGAUUAUCCUGGAUGUAUUUUGGGACCUCAAGGGUGCGAAAUUUAACGGUGAGACAGAACCAACGUCAGAGUAUUACGUCGCAGUGGUUUGCGAUCAAGAAGUGGUGCUUUUGCUCGGUGAUUUGAAGAAAGAUGCUUAUCGGAAAACCGGUUGUAGGCCUGCUUUGAUCGAGCCCAUUUUGGUAUCAAGAAAAGAACAUGUUUUUGGUAAGAAAAAGUUUUCAACAAGGUUAAAGUUUCAUGAAAAAGGACAGUUUCACGAGCUUUCAAUUGAGUGCAAGAACAAAGGGGAUGGAUACGCGGUUGCUCCGGCUAUGGAGAUAAGAAUAGAUGGACGUUUGAUGAUCAAUGUAAAGCAUUUGCAAUGGAAGUUUAGAGGCAAUGAAUGUAUCCAUUUUAGUAAAGUGAGAAUAGAGGUAUAUUGGGAUAUACAUGAUUGGCUUUUUAGCCCGGGUUUAAGGCAUGCGUUGUUUAUCUUUAAGCUCGCGGUUCCCGAGCCUUCUCCAGCGAUAUCAGGACGGUCUUCACCAUUGUCGUCACAGAGUUCGGGUUCGGUUGAUGGGUUUGAUCCAAGUGGUUUAAAUGAGUUUUGCCUGUUUCUUUAUGCUUGGAAGGUUGAAUGAGAUCAUUAUAAUAAUGGUCAAUUCUGGUCAAGAGUUUGAUUGUAUCUAAGUGUGUAUGUAUGUAUAUAAUAUAACAUGUAUAAUGACAUGUAUCGGAUUAGUGGGGACUGGAUUGAAAUGACGAGUCAUAUGAUAUAACAUGGAAUUGUUUGUUCUUGUUUAAUGAAUCUUAACCUUUUGCGAAGAAAA